CGCGAGUCGGAUCGGACAGGUGGGGCAGGGAGAGUAGUCGGGUCGGAGUAUAUAGCCGCCUGCCUGACAUAAUAUCUCCAGAUUGAUUUCCCCUUUUUGUGUUCUUCUCUUUCUCCACCAGGAAGGAGAAGAAUUUUCCCCAUCACAUCCGUCGCAAAGGGUUCGAUCGCGAUGUUGGAGGAGCUGCUCAUCUUCACGCGGGGCGGGCUGAUCCUGUGGUCGUCCUGCCGCGCCCUCGGCGGCGCGGCGCUCAAGGGCUCCCCGAUCGACGCGCUCAUCCGCUCCUGCCUCCUCGAGGAGCGCUCCGCCGACGCCAGCUUCUCGCAGGACACCUACGCGCUCAAGUGGACCUUCAACAACGACCUCGGCCUCGUCUUCGUCGCCGUCUACCAGCGUAUGCUCCACCUCCUCUACGUCGACGACCUGCUCGCCGCCGUACGGAAAGAGUUCUCCCAGAUCUACGAUCCCAAGCGUGUUUCCUACGAUGGGUUUGGUGACGUGUUUCGGCAGCUCCAUCUCGAGGCCGAGGCGCGCGGCGAGGCCAUGAGGAAGUCGAAACAGCAGAACAGUGUGUCGCGUGUUGUGCCGGCGGGUGCUGCUGCUGCCGGUGGAGGCGGCAAGAAGUCUGGUGCCCGUGGGGGUUUGCAGAGGAAGAGUUCCGAGUCCGGGAAGGAUGACUCCGAUGGCGGCGACUCGCGGAAGGAGCACGGUCUGACUAAUGGUACUAGUGUUGCCAAGGGGCAAGAGAACAAGGACAAUUCUCAUGCCCGUGCUGAUGUUGUUGUUAACGGGAAGGAGAACGGGGACCCCAAUGACGGGGCCUUCGAUGUAAAUACGCUGCGUCGUAAGAUGGGAAACAAGGGUGGGAAGAAGAAUGAUGUCAAGAAGGUGCCUAAGGCCGAGCCGAAGAGGAACGUUAAGCAAAAUAGGGUUUGGGAUGAUAAACCUAAGAAGAACGAGAAGCUGGAUUUCACGGACCCAGCCGAUGAGAGAGGGGAUGAGGUGACAGAGCAGGCGCUUGUCCACCAGGGGGACAGCAUGAUGGAUAAGGAUGAAAUUGUGAGCAGCGAUAGCGAGGAUGAUGAAGAGGAGAAUGCUGAAGCUGGCCAGAAGAAGAAGGGAUGGUUCUCCUCCAUGUUUAAGAGCAUUUCAGGCAACAAUGUACUUGAGAAGGCUGAUCUGCAACCUGCACUUAAAGCUCUUAAAGAUAGACUGAUGACAAAGAAUGUGGCUGAAGAAAUUGCAGAAAAGCUUUGUGAAUCAGUAGCAGCUAGCCUUGAGGGCAAAAAGCUAGGAUCCUUCACCAGAAUUUCUUCUACUGUUCAGACAGCUAUGGAGGAGGCUCUUCUUCGCAUUUUAACUCCAAGGCGAUCCAUUGACAUAUUGAGGGAUGUACAUGCUGCCAAGGAGCGUGGCAAGCCAUAUGUUGUUGUUUUUGUUGGAGUGAAUGGAGUUGGCAAAUCUACCAAUCUUGCAAAGGUUGCUUACUGGCUUCUUCAGCAUAACCUCAGUGUAAUGCUGGCGGCAUGUGAUACCUUUAGAUCUGGUGCUGUUGAGCAGCUGCGCACUCAUGCUCGCAGGCUUCAGAUACCUAUAUUUGAGAAGGGAUAUGAAAAAGAUCCAGCAGUCGUAGCGAAAGAAGCUAUUCAUGAAGCCACUCGGAAUAAAUCAGAUGUUGUUCUUGUUGAUACAGCUGGACGUAUGCAGGAUAAUGAGCCACUCAUGAGAGCACUCUCCAAGCUCAUCAAUCUCAAUAGCCCAGAUCUAGUUUUAUUUGUGGGAGAAGCAUUAGUUGGAAAUGAUGCUGUUGAUCAACUCAAUAAAUUCAACCAGAAAUUGGCAGAUCUUUCCACUGUUCCUACUGCUAGACUGAUCGAUGGUAUCCUGCUCACCAAGUUUGACACAAUUGACGACAAGGUUGGAGCGGCGCUUUCCAUGGUUUACAUAUCUGGAUCUCCGGUCAUGUUUGUUGGAUGUGGUCAGUCUUACACUGACCUGAAGAAGCUCAAUGUGAAAUCCAUUGUGAAAACCCUCCUGAAGUGAAUGCUGCAUGUUGUACUGCAAUAUGUACCGCCUACAAAGUCUUUGUUAUCUUUAAAUCCCCCGUGACCUCAUCAUUUUCUUGUUCGUUGUGGAACUGUUAUCCCUAGCAACCGUCAUGGCUGUUAACAUACUCUAUUUGCGAUAUUUGUAUCGGUCGGUGUACUUUGUAUCUUCAGAAAUACAAUAGUAUGUGACUUCAAAUUGCUUUGCU